CGGUGAUCUCGUCGCCCGCUGCCAGCGUCCCGUCCAGAGCUGCGGGAGUGUUGUCAAACACCUGGGAGACAAAAACAACCGCUUGAAAAGGAAGUGAGACACGUUGUGCAUAAAGAGCGUUUCUUGGAUUAUUAUAACUCUUAUUUGGAUCCAAAAUGAAGAUGCAACUGGAACUGAAGAAUGUGGCCUUAAGACCUGGAGACAAGAUAAAACUAAAGGGAGAAAUUUCGCACGAUGCUGAGAAGUUCCGGAUCGACCUCGGUGUGAACUCGGAAGACCUGGCGUUGCACUUUAACCCCCGUUUCCAGGACGACGCAGACGGAGCGGUCCUAGUGUACAACUCAAAGACAGCAGGUUUCUGGGGAAGUGAAGGGAGGGAAAUGCACAACCCUCUGCAGAGGGGCAGUGAUGUCAAGAUUUUUUUGAAGCUUUCUGGUGACGGGUUUGAGGUGGAGCUCCCUGACGGGCAGAAACUCAACUUUCCUAACUGUACAAACACGGACGUCAUCACCUACGUCCAAGUUGCAGGGGAUUUCAAACUCAAGAGCUUCAAGAUCUACAAAUCCGCGACAACUUAAAUAACCAGGAUUAAAAAAGCGAUUGAAACCAGUGUUGUUACUCCACAAAGUAUAGCUCAUGAAUUUUGAAGUGCCCUGUUGGGUAUUAUGUUCAGAUUUAAUACAUUUUGUUUUGAGAUAACUAAAAAGUUAGGAUAUAAACAUAAAAUCGGGAAUUGUUUUCUACAACUUGUAAAGCAAACUCAAACAGUCUAUCAAUGGGUUUUGACUUCUCUCCCCCAAAGCAUAUCAAGGAUACAAAGAAGAAUCAAAGAUGUGUCAGCUAUGUCGGAGUUAUUUGUAAUUUAAAACAAACUAGAAUUGCAUUUCACUGUGUGAAUACCGUAUGUUUAAUGGGUGGUUUGAUCGAUUAAAGAAGGAAUAACUGUAAAGUGAGGAUGUUCUGAUCAGGCAUCCAGCCAUCAGCUUGAGGCCUGAUUAAGGCAUUGUUAAAUGAACAGCUUUGGGGGGCCUAUGAAAAAAAUUUGUUCCUGAUACGUCUUGUAGAUCUACUGAUGUGAUUUUGUUAACUAAACCUCCAAUAAGUCAUGUAAUUAUGGUCUGUUCUGCCACUGCAAAAUAAAAUCAGGACUGCCAGGG